GGAAAGGAAUCAAUUUUCUGAAAAAAUCCAAAUCGUCUGUAAGGAUCGAGAUCCAACGACGGUGGGGUCAUAAAUCUCUCUUUUGUGAUCUGUUCUUUUCGCGAUCUCGAUUCCUCCCGCAAAAAUGCCUGCCGGAACUCUUGAAGUUCUUCUUGUUUCCGCCAAGGGCCUCGAGAACACUGAUUUCCUCUGUAACAUGGAUCCUUAUGUUAUUCUUAGUUGCCGCUCACAGGAGCAGAAAAGCAGUAUUGCAUCAGGAAAGGGAUCUGACCCUGAAUGGAACGAGAAUUUCGUAUUCACCAUAUCUGAUGGUGCAGAAGAGCUCAUCUUGAAGAUAUUUGACAGUGAUACUGGCUCGCAAGAUGAUGUUGUCGGCGAAGUAACCAUUCCUCUAGAUCCUGUUUACGUCGAAGGAAGCCUCCCGGCAACAGCAUACAACGUUGUCAGGGAUCAAGAAUAUCGCGGAGAGAUCAAAGUUGGCCUUACUUUUAAUCGUGAGGAGAGAACUACAAGAAGCUUUCAUAUGGACGAAGAAUCUCUUGGUGGAUGGAAGCAGUCUGCAUAUACAGAUUGAGAGCCACCACCAUGGUUGUUAAUUCUAUGGUUUGAGAGAAUUGGUAUCCUAUUUGUGUUAAGAGAUUAGAGAUAUUUCUUAUGUAAACUGAACUGCAAUGAUGUUGAUGGUUGAGGUUGUUGGUUUCUUGUCUAUGUUUAAAUGUUUGUAAUGAACUCUCCUUUUGUUUUUCCUUGAAAAAAAGAAUAAUAUAUACUCAGCUCAUGAGGAAUUUCUUAGGAAA